AUGAGCAAACGUGACGAACCAAGUACCAGCGAGAUUGUGCCGCCGAAUUUGGCGGAGCGCGAAGUCAGUACGAUGGAAACUCCGGCCAAGAAGUCUAAAUUGAAUGAGGACGGUUCGUUUUACUCUCAAGUUCAUUCGGAAAUCAGCCAGUUUUGUUCAGAGAAAUUCAAGGUUUCUGGACGCAUCGCGUCAGUGAAACUACAAAAUUUCAUGUGCCACGCAAACCUGCUGAUUGAGUUUGACACGGACAAAAAUAACUGUUUUUACAUCGGCGGUCCGAACGGAAGUACGUUUGAACGCAAUUUUUCCAUAAAAUUUUGCUCAAUUUUCAGGCGGAAAGAGUGCGUUGUUCGCAGCGAUCAACUUGGGUCUCGGAGGAAGAGGAUCGGAUAAUGAGCGAGGAAAUUCCGCUCAGCAAUAUAUCAAAGACAACGCUUCGUUCGUGGAAUGCCUCUCCUUCUUAGAAAUCUGUUAUUUUUACAGACAGGCAAAAAUCAAAAUCACACUCACUAAUGAAGGGUUAAAUGCCCACCCGGAUUACGGCAAGCUGGUUUCCGUGGAACGUACAAUCAAUCAGACGUCUUCCACCUAUGUUAUGAAGAGUGUCCACGUGGCGUCAAAUGGUCAGCAGUCCGAGAGAGUGAUCAGUAAGAAGAAGGUUGACAUCGAUAAGAUCGUCGCCAGGUUCAACAUUCAUCUCUCGAAUCCAGCUUUUUGGAUGAGUCAGGACAGAUCCCGCAGUUUUCUCGCCAACUUCAAGCCUUCCAAUGUCUACAAGGUAACUUGAAUGUUAGCAAAACUGUAAUUUUAACGAUUGUUUCAGCUCUAUCUCGAGUCAACUGAUCUCGAGAAGAUCCGGUUGUCGUACGUGAAAUUCGCUUCAGUGUUGGACGAAUGUAAGCGGAUCACUGAAGAGAAGAUUAAUAGCUUGACAAACGAGAAUCGAAGAUUGAAGAACAUGCUCGAGCAGAGAGAUUUGCAAGGAAAGCUUGAGAGCUACAAAGCCACGUUGGCCACUUACAAAUGGAAACUAAUCUUCUGCACGCUGCGCGAUUUCGACGUCGAAAUCAAGAUCAACAAGAAAAAGGUGGAAGUGCAGCAAGAAGCUCACGAGGCUUUGAAGGCGGACUACGGUCAGAAUCGUGCUGAACGACGUGCGCUGGAUCAACAGGCACAAGAUUUGACGGACGAAGUGGAAGUGCAAAAAGAGGAGAUGGAAGAGGCGGCGGAAGCUCUGAAGAAGAAGAACCAAGUGGUGCAGGAGUGUCGAGAGAAUGUCAGUGAAGUUCUGCACGAGAAGAACAAGAUAGAGUAUGCCCUGAAGUCGAGAAAAGAUGCGAUUCAGGAGGCAGAGAAGAAUCUGAGGAAAGCGAUGGAGCAGCAGGGAUGCGAAGAGCUCACGAGCAGACUGAAGAAGGCUGAAAAUGAGCAUAAAGUUGUGCGCGCGGAGAAAGAAAAAAUGGAAAAAGACGGAGAACUGGACAAGCUCAGGAAAAAAAUUGAUGAGUUGAAGAAAGAAAUCACGAAGACAGAUAGUGAAAAGUUCACAGCAACAAUGGAAGUCUCUGGACUGAAAAAAGGAUUGGAAACGAACAAGGCGAUCAUGGCGAAGACACGAGCGAUGAAGACAGAUUCCAUCAACAAGUAUGUUGCUAUUUGUUAGAGUAUCAAUCUAUUUUCAAUCUUUCAAGGUUCGGCCGUCACACUUCUGAUAUUCUCGCGGAGAUCUCGCGGAACGAGGCAAUGUUCGAGAAACCGCCGAAAGGUCCGCUCGGCAAGUACAUUACUUUGACCGAUCCGAAGUGGGCUAUUCCCGUCGAAGAGUGCAUUGGUCCCAUUGCCUCAACGUUCCUGUGCAGCUCGCACAACGAUUCGAACGCACUCCGUAUGUGCUUUAGGAAUCUCAGAAUUCCGAAUGAUGAGCAGCCUUCCCUCUCCGUCACCAGCUUUCUUGAGAAAGCCUAUUCAAACUUAGAGGAGCCGAGUGCCCAGUUUGAAACAGUAUUCAGAAAGUUGGUGAUCUCGGACGCAGACGUUCAGUGAGUUGACCAGGCAAAUUGACAGUAACCCUCAAACGAAAUCUUCAGAAAUGUGAUAGUGGACAGAACUUCCUGCGAACAAAGUAUAUUAGUCGAGAAGAAGGAAGAAGCAAUGCAGCUUAUGGACACUGAUUAUCCCCCUCGAAACGUAGUGAAAGCUUACAGCUCUGACGGCGGGCAGGCGAUUGCAGGCGGACCAAACAGCUUCUAUAGAUUUUACUCCGGAAAAUCUCGAAAGGAAGGUGGACGUAUGUUCGGAGCAGAGGGGGUAGUCGAUGAGAAAGCAUUGGAGCUUGCCAUAGAAUCGACCAAAGCAGAAAUUCAAAACUGCGAAAACAAUAAAUUGAGGAUCAUAGAUGUCAAAUUAAACGAGCUGAAAAAGGAGGAAAACAACGCGAGAUUGGCAGCUGAACAUUUGGAGAAGAAAAAAAGGGAGCUGACGUCGCAGGAACUGAAUUAUGAAAGACUGGUGAGGGACUUGAACGAGCAGCUGAGAAAGUCUGCAGAAGCGGAAUCGAUCGACGCCCUGCAACAUCAAAUCGACGCACAAAAAAAUCGUAUUCCUGUGAUUGAAAACGAGAUUCGAGAAUUGGAAGAGAAGGUGCUCGAGUUCAGACAGUCUAUGGCUUCUGCUUGUAGUGAGAAAAGCAAGGCCGAGAAAUUAUUUGCAACGUUGUCACUGGAAGUGAAAGGCUUUGCGGAAAGCAAUACACAACUGCAGAGACGAAUGGCUGCGCUGGACGAGAAAGCGGGCGAGCUGAAAUUUCACAUCGACAAGAUGAAGGCAGAGCAGAUGAUUCUCUACACGAACGAUGCGAGACUCAAGACUGAGAAGGAUGAGGCCGUGGCACAUGUGGAAGAGGAGAAGAAGAGACCGGAAAAUGCCAUGCCGGCGGGUGAAACUGAUCCUCCAGAUCUCACUGAUUUUCCUUCAACUCAAGCCGCCCAACAAAGAAUCGAGGAGCUGCAGAAGAUUAUCGAUUUGGGAAGUGUCGGUUGUGAUAUGUCUAUCACUGCCAAGUCUGUCGCCGAGUUCCAGAAGAUGAUCAAGACGUGUAAGUACCAAUGCAAGAAAGUCAACGAAGUUCUAUCCACGCUGAACAAGAUUCACAUGAUUCGACUGAACGCAUAUCCGUUGUUGAAGAAAUAUACGGAGAUGAAGGUGUGCGAUAAAUUCGAAGAGCUGCUUGCAAUCCGAGGAAACUUCGAAGGACACCUUAAAUUCGAUCACGUGAAGCAGACGCUGAAUGUGAAUGUACAGUCAGCCAAAGAUCUAGUGUCACGGCGGGAUCAAAUCGAUGACGACGAAGACGAUGAAGAAGAGGGCGACGGACAAUCUGACGACAGCUAUUCUGAGGGGCCACGCAGCAAGAAGGCCAAGAAGAAGCCGAACAAGAAUAAGGAGAAAGCCAGAGAUCUGAAUGGUCUUUCCGGUGGAGAACGAUCUUUUGUGACUGCCGCUCUCGUCAUGUCUUUGUGGGAAGUUAUGGAGCAGCCGUUCCGAAUGAUGGAUGAGUUCGAUGUCUUCAUGGACAUGAUGAACAGAAAGGUUGGGUUGCUAGCGAUUUCCUAAUGGUUUCUUCACUUCAUCAUAUGCUGUUUCAGUUGGUAAUGGAUCUUCUCGUCGAGUUGGCCACUCAACAGUUCCCACAUAAUCAGUUCAUCUUCUUCACUCCACAAGGAAUAAAGGAACUCAAUAAGGUGGACGGCCUUCAAAUCUUCGAAAUGAACAAAGUUCACGACUAA